UGUACAUGUUCUUGGUGCAUUGAUUAUUAUAUUAUUUUAAAAGAGAUCAUGAACACCAUCUGGAGGACUUUCUUCGGUAUACGCGACAAUAUUGAGGAUAUUCGGGGCCCUGCCAAUCUCUCAGAGGACGCUUGUGGAAACCUUGUUCAUAGUCUUGUGCGUCUCGGUUAUCUUAGCAGCAUUGCAACAUCACUCGAUGGGAGAUCGUUCAUUACUCAUGAGCAACUGACAAAAGAUAUCUUUUUGCAAUUGGAGAAACGGCAAGGUCGUGUUAGUUUACUCGAUUUGCCCAAGGUGUUGAAUGCCCAAUUAUCGGAUAUCCAAGAAUGCGUGCAGGAAUUGAUCCGCUCGAAACCUACUACACUACUUCAGGUUCAGGAUGAGCUCCUUCAGGCAGAGUAUCUUGAUACUAUGGUAUCACAAUUAAAUGAGGAGCUGGCUCGACAAGGAUAUUUCUCUAUCAUGGAGUCGUGUCGCAAAUUCAAAUUCAACAUAGACUUCAUGCGUCAGUUUUUAAAAGAUCGAGUUGGAAGGGCUAUUUCAGGGCAAUGGGAUACCGUCGACCGAGGCUUGGUCGUUUCCCCUUCUUUUCUGGAGAAGGAAAAGAUGGCUUUACUUAAAGCGCUUAGUGAUUUAAAAGAACCCACUAGUUUACAAUCUCUACGUUCAAUGAAUGUCGUUCAGAGUCAGUUGUUUUAUGGGCUGUGCGAUCUGCUUUCUAAGGAAAGCGGAGUCAGAAAUACAUUACCAGGAGUUUUCAAGGGAACAAACGAACAGGGCCAGUUUGAGCCUAGCUCAUAUGAACAACAGCAGACAGAAUGGAUUGAGACAUUCUUUAAAGAUAAUGGAUUCAUCGAGCUAGGCGCCGUCAGGAAACGUGGAAUAAUAGAUCCAAAGGCAUAUCUUCGAUCAAAUCAUCCUUCCGCUCUCAUUUUGGAAACACAUGCUGUAAAAGACAGCAUCUGGUCGAUCGUUGACGCUAGCGUGGAGGAUGCAAUUUCAAAUUUGUCAUGGAUCGAUGUCAAGCCAUUACUUCCAACACCUUUUACCAAAGAUGACAUAUCCAGUUUGCUCCGUCAACUCCCCAGCCUUAUGGAGCCGACAUCGCGCAUCGUUAUUUCACCAGAGCAAGACCCAUCGAUGACUGGCUUUGGUGGCGGAUUGCCGCAAGAGACUUUCGUGAUCCAUGAUAGCAUUGUUGUCACUUCAGGUCAGCUCCAGAAAUGUCUUAUGAAAAUGGGACCUCUUCUUGAUCGUAGCCUCGAGAAUUUGGUCUCUUGGCGUUUGUCUUUUGGAGAUAAUCAGCAGUUAUGUGGCCAGGAUGACCAAGAUGAUUAUGAACCCUAUUUUGCUGGCCAAGGCAACAGUCAUUCUAGUCUAAAAGGGUUUGUAGAGCACGCUAUGAGUGCGCUAGAUUCCCUGAAAAAGAAUAACAGUCAUCAUACUAAAGCUUCUUUGCAAGGAGGAAGAAAGAAAGAUGGACCAAAUAAUAAGCGGAUUCAGGACUUUUUAACAAUUCAAGAUAUCAAGAAAGAAGUCGAGCGAUUGGAACCAGAUUUUGAUCCUGCGUUGAUAAACAUGAUAGCAAAGGUGCUGAAUGGGGAUUUAAUCCAAAAUUUGAGGGACAGAAACCGAUCUAUAGUUUUGGAUCAGGUACAGGGCGAGGAGAAGGAUGAAGAAAUAGAGGCCAAAAAUACUUCAGGGAACAAGGCAGUUUCAUCAGCUAUUGCAUCUCUGUCGAAGCGUAUCGAACUCUCGUCUCAAGGUAUUGAUGUUUUUGAAGAUGAUUCUGCAAGGAACUCCCUUAGUAAAUAUCUUCUACAGUCAUUAUCAGUUGAGCUUCUAGAUUUAGUCACGCUAUAUACUGCCAAUCUUAAUAAGGCAGCUUCUUCAGCCUCAGAGCUCGCAGAGACCUUGAAGCUAGUGAAUCAAUCCUUUAUGAAAUAUCACUGCCAAGCCGAUGUCACCCCGUCGUCCAACACUGCACAAGUGCCUUUUUCCCUCUCUGCAGAAGAAGCCUCACUUUUAGUUGAACUUGUUCCGCAGAAAGUGAGUGACACGCUCAAGAAGAUGCGUAGGUCCACAGCGGGCAGCGGGAAGCAAAAAAAUUUAACCGAGUACUUAGGUCUCUGGUCAUCGCUGCGCAAAGACUUGGGCUUUGAACUUAACACUACUGCUACUGAUCAACUGAAUGAUAGUCUAUUUCUUGCUGAACAUAUGAAAGGGCUACGCAAGGUACUACAGGAGAUCACUUCAUCUAUAGACCACGCACUCAUGCUUCAUAUCGUGGCUUUGAUCGCCUUUCAAAAGUGGACAGGACACAUGCUUCAUGCUUCUGGUAAAUAUGUUCCUCGCGUCAUAAGGCAGUUACGGGUUUCUAUAGAAAUGUCGUCAGGAGAUAGCACAGCGAAGGAACAAUUAGACGUAUUAGAGAAGGCGUUAGAGGCCAUCCUUUCAAAUGUCAAGCAACAACAAUUGCAUUCAUCAGAAGGACAAGACCCAUCAAAUAAGCAGAUGGAGAUAGAUCGGCUAUUAAAAGAUACACGCAAUCUAGGACUAUCAUUGUCAAGUCCUAUAUUAUAA